GGAAGAUUUGCUUUGUGGGAGGGGGAGGGGGUUGAUGGAAGAGCCCCCCCUUCCCUCUGGGAAUCCAUAGAAAGUGGGGGGAGGCUGAUCCACGCAGUCCAGCUGCAAAGUGUGGCCAAUACUGUUUCCACUGAAGCUGCCCCCCCAACCCAAGUUUGUUUUUCCUAACAGCUAGAGUCAUUGCUUAAGUAGCAGCAUAUCGUAAUUGGUCCAGUGACAGUGUUGUUGCGAUGACAAAGCGGCCCUUGAGAGCUGCUCCCUACGUGGGAGUCCCAGAGCUGGCCUAGUUUACGCCUCCCUCUCAGGCAGCGCCAUGGCCUCAGAGGCACCGUCCGGGUUGUCUCUUCUCUGGGAUAGAGUGGAAAGAGCGGCCGGGCAGCCCCAUCAGGGUUUGUUGACUUUCCAGGCUGUCUUGACCUUUGAGGAGGUGGCCGUGUAUUUCACGGAGGAGGAAUGGGCCCUGCUGGAUCCUGGCCAAAGAGCUCUGCACAGGGAAGUAAUGGAGGAGAAUUACGAGACGGUGGCCUCUCUCGCUCAGAGGAUUUGGAGCAAGGUGUCUCCAGGAUAUUGAUCACCCUCCAGGAGAGGCAGCGCAAGUCCUCAACCAGUGUCUGGUGGGACUAAUGGGCUGGAUGUUGGCCAAACAAUUAAAGCUGAAUCCAGACAAGAUGGAAGUACUAUGGGUGGGCAGUUCCCAUGCCCAGGAAUUGUCAGACCUACAAAUUCUUAAUGGGGUUGCACUCUCCCUUAAGGAGCAAGUGCAUCAUUUGGGAGCUGUUGCUGGAACCAUUUUUGUUACUUGAGGCCCCAGAGAGAGAGAGAGAACGUGAUUGAUUGAUUGACUGACUGACUGAUUGAUUGAUUCUGUCACUGUGACUGAUUAUUGUUUUCAAACCAUAUUCCCUUUACCCACUUUUUGUCUAAACGCAAUGACCCCAGAUAGUGUAACCUUCCCUCAUAGUGUUUCUCCAACCCCUUGUUCAUUUUCGCUGUGCUUUUCUGAGCCGUGUCCGGUUUCUUUUGAGGUGAGGCAAACGGAACUGUACACAGUAUUCCUAGUGUGGUCACAUUAUAAAUUUCUAAAACAAAUGAUUAAUAAUACAAACCAACCAUACACAAUAUUGUCCCUUACCCGCUUUUCUUCCCUUCCUCCGUAGUACUAGCAAUAUAUGUGUGUGAGUGUUUGUUGCACGCUAUAUAUCAUAUUUAUAUAUGAUAAGUGUGUGUUACAUGUAUUUGGGAAAAGUGACAAACUACCACCAUUUCACAGCUGCUUCCAGUGCGGGUGUCUGUGAUGUUCCCCAUUGCAAGUCCUCCUCCCGCACUGCCAAGUCUUUCACCUGGGAGCCUGCUCCACCCCAGUCUCCCACCCUGUGGCACCUUCCUUCCCUCUCUCCAACUCAGGGAAUCCUCCAGCUUCAACUCAUUGACCAUUCUCAGGGCGUUGCCACACCCUUGUUCCUCCUGAUGUGGCGCUGCUCCCCCUCACACCAGUCACUGUUCAGUUUGCCAUUCAUUGGCAUCCACGGUUAUAAUUGCUAGAAAUAUGGGGACCAGACCUUGCAAAGAUCCAUUCCCUGCUCUAGCUGCAUGUCUGAGAAAGCUUCUCAUAUACACAGAGAGAGGGAGGGAGGGAGGAGGGAUUAUUAUAUAUAUAUAUGUACACAGAGAGAGAGACAGUUAACUAGACAGGUAGAUAACUAGAUUGACUGAUUGAUUUCUGAUAACUGUGACUGAUUAUUUUUCGCAAACCAAGACACCAAAGUGCUGAUGGUGUCCAUCAGAGCAUUUUUGGCUGCAUACAUAAUGUAUGUUGCAGUGGCUUCAAUCUUAAUUGCCAUGAAGGAGAUUUCCCCCAGAAUUGCCCAUUUGAAGUGCAGCCCUGACUUGCUUACUGGGGAAGGAGGAGGGACAGCUCCCAGGAUGAUUUUUGCUUUCGGUGAGAUAAAAUGAUACAGCCCAAAUGAAAACAGCUGGCUUUGCAAGGUUCCAAAAUGUCAUCCCGACCAGGCAUGUCAAUAUGAGUUUUAUGUCCAGUGAACACACAUUCGCAAGUGCAAGACUGACUUUACUGGUUCCACGUGGUCUUAUUCUAUUCAUGGAGUGCAGGGCUUACCAGAUCAAAAUUAUACCUCUUCUUAGCUUUAAAAGCUAUGUUUGGAGGGACUGAAUAUUUUCUGAUCAAAAGUAACUAGUUUUCUCUCUUUC